GCCAGCGCUCAGGAAAGCCCUGGCGGGGCCCCUUGGCAGCAGCCGCCGGCGGCCACUCCCCGGUGCGUCCCUCAGUCUCCCCCGCCGGGCAGCCCAGCCCAGCCUGUGGCCGCGCACACUGACCCCACAGACUCGCCGGGCCCUCAGGACAGCAGAGAGAUGCCCGCAGGCAUGGACGCGGCUGAGGGCUCGGAUGAGGUGGCCCCUGGGGGCCCCCAGCCCACAAGCUUCAACGUGCACAUCCACCAGGAGUCGGCCCUGGCCCAGCUCCUGAAGGGCCUCGUCACCCGCCUGCAGGCGCCCCGGCCGGCCGCCCCCUCCCGCGGGGCCCGGCUGCUGGCGGCCUCCUGGGCAGCGCAGAUCGUGCUGGGGGGAUUGGCCCUGGUCCUGGGGGGCUUCCUCUACCUCUGCCAGUACUCCAGCGUGCGCUACUCCGGAGCCGCCUUCUGGACCGGCGGCGUGGCUGUGCUGGCCGGGGCCGUGGCCUUCAUCUACGAGAAGCGACGUGGCAUCUUCUGGGCCUUCCUGAGGACCUUGCUCAUCGUGGCAGUCUUCACCACGGCUGUGAUCGCCAUUGUGAUACUCGCUAAUCAUUUCUACGAGUUCCGUUACUUCUAUAACGGAAACGAGAUCUGCGACGUGUCACGGGGUGGCUGGCCCACCCAGGCCCCCACCACUGCCAGCCCCGAGGAGACCCAGAGGGAGGACCUGUGUCACUCUUACGUGCGCUUUCUGCAGGCCAUGUCCAUAAGCCUCCACGCGACCCUCUUUGCUCUCUGGGUGCUGCUGAUUCUCACAUCCCUGACCCCGCUGGGUCUGUUCUUCUGGACAACCUGCAUUUCCAAGAAGAAAACGGACCAGAAGAAACUGCUGCCGGGGAACGACGUCUAGACCCGCUGCUUCCGAGGGCUGGCCGGGAGCACUGCCGGGCUGAGCGUCCUGGGUCCUGACUUCUGCGUGGAGAGCCAGAGCAGGCAAGAGGCAGUCCGGCAGCCCCUGGCCUGCCCCAAGGCCACCACGUCCCUCCUGAAGGCCACCCGUCCCCCUGCCCACCGUCACCGCCCUGCCAGCUCCGGGCCCGAGUGAUGCCGACAAUAAACUCGCGCUGCUCUCG